UUUCAUUUUCCACCUCCCGGGAAAAGAUACAGAAGACGAUGAUGAAAAAUCUCCCUUUCUUGAGAAUGGGGCCUUUUUUUGCAUAGUUCCAAUUUAAUUGUGGAACUUGCCAUCAAAGGAUAAGCUUUUUUUCCUGGGUUGAGACAGAUUAUUACCUGUUCGUGUUCAAUGGGCCGACGAAUUCACUUUGUGGUUGACCCUCAGGGUUGGUGCUGCAUGGGCCUGAUUAUCUUUGUCUGGCUGUACAAUACAAUCUUCAUUCCAAAAGUCAUCCUUUUUCCUCACUAUGAAGAGGGACAUAUUUCAGUUGUGGCAAUUUUGUGUUAUUACUUCUGCUCAUUGUUUUGUAUAGUUUCAUUACUAAGAGCCUCAGUAGCUGAUCCAGGAAAGCUACCUGAAAACCCAAAGAUACCAAUUACAGAACGAGAAUAUUGGGAAUUAUGUAACAAAUGCAAUAUGAUGAGACCAAAGCGUUCACACCAUUGCAGUCGUUGUGGACAUUGUGUGAGGAGGAUGGAUCACCACUGUCCAUGGAUUAACAAUUGUGUUGGUGAAGACAAUCACUGGCUAUUUUUACAGCUCUGUUUCUACACUCAGAUCCUUAGUUCCUAUACAUUGAUACUUGAUUUCUGCCAUUUCUACUACUUUUUCCCUCUGAAAAAAGAAAACUGGGAUGUUUUUGUAUUUAGACAUGAACUUGCUCUCCUAAGAAUAUCUGCCUUCAUGGGUCUAACAAUAUUAGGUGGAAUAAGUGGACUCUUUUACACUCAGCUAAUGGGUAUUUUCACUGAUACUACAAGUAUAGAAAAAAUGUCAAACUGUUGUGAAGACAUAUCAAGGCCCCGAAAGCCAUGGCAGCAGACCUUCUCAGAAGUUUUUGGCACCCACUGGAAGAUCCUGUGGUUUAUUCCUUUCAGGCAGAGGCAACCACUCCGAGUUCCCUACCACUUUGCCAAUCACGUCUGAACAGAUGGAUGGUGGGCACAGAUGGGUCCUCCAUGCUGGAAGUGCGUUACAGGUUUUAUGAUAAUGGGACUGUGACAGUCUUCAAGUCAAUUAAAAUCCUCCCACCAAUCGUAGGUAUCACAAUGUGCCCCAGGCUUUAUUUUAAUAGUGAUCUUGAUUCUGUUCUGAGAUUAAUACAAGUUGUAUGUUUAACUUUAGGCAUAUCUGCUUUCAAAUUAGCUUUCCAAAGGGAUUUCUUUUGUCUUUGAGGUUAAUACCAAAACCAAAUGACUGGAAUGCAGUCUUACACUAUUUGUUUGAUACUGCCUCUUUUGAUUAUUAUUUUUUUUAAUUUUUGGUAGGAAGCACUGAAGUUUACAUUGAUUGUUAGCUUUCGCACUAAGUGUCUUAUUCUACCUUGGAUUUUUUUAAGUGUUUUUAUCAGUAGGUCUGUCUAGAUAAUCAUGUCUUUUUUCAGCUACACGUCUCAAAUUCCCUGAUACUGCCAUUUAUUUAUGAUACACAAUACUAAUCCUGCAGUACCACACUAUAAAAGGUAACAUUUAAAACUGAGGCAGACUUCUUCCUAAGCCUUCCUCAGAGAGAUUUUUAUAAAUACACGUAAAUGUAUGUGUUUAUAUAGAGAAAUCUUACAUCUUACAGCUACCUUUCUACGUAAAUAUGAUCUUAGUGAAAAAUAUCCAUGUCUUUAUGUCAAUAAAAGCAGUGAAAUGUUCCAGGGUAAAAUAUGCAGAUAGAAAGCAUGUUUUCCCUAUAUUCCAAGGGUUUAUUUGCAAUAAUUUAACAAAGAAGUUUUAUGGUGCAAAUACUAGAAUGGUUAGUUUUUAAAAAUGUAAAUUUAAUUAGCAUAAUGUACCAUAAAGAAAAAAUAUAUUGUCAAUAAAGUUAUAAAUUUUUGUUUAGUCAUGGUUAGCUGGAAUUGGUCUGUUCAUAUAUUGGAAGUAUAUGUGAAAAUAUUUUAAAAUAUUUAUACAUAAAUACAGAUAUUUGCUACUAAUGUAUUGUAAAGAUUAUGAACUGAUUUAAUAGGGUACUAAGUCGAUGUAUGAUAGCUUGUUGUGGGUUCUUUAUGUAUGGAAGUAGCUAACCAAAGAAAGCAUCCUUAAGACAAGAGCUGGUGAAAUGGCAACAAUUCCCAAAGUACUGGCUCAGCUUUGCUGCAUAUGGAAAAAUUAUGUAAUUUAUUAUAGGCCUCUGUAUCUAUACAAAUAUCAGCAUGAGAUGAUUUUUGAAAGUUCAGCCUUUUCAGUUACACUGCUUACUGUGUUUGUUGUCCUGGCUAACCAGACUAGGAUCCACCUUAAGACAGCCAUGCAACAGGAUAAUAAGAGGCACAAAAGCAGGGUGUAAUACAUUUGGAUUGUGUUUGGAGAGAGUAAUAGUUCAUUUGUGAAAUUCAAAAAGAAGGGCUAGAGUUGUCAUGAGUUGUUUUCAUAGUGAAUUUUUGGAUCAGCUGUCCUAUAGUCUUUGCACGGUCACUGCCAAUGUUGGGUGUCCCUGCAUUGGAUUAACAGCUUUUGUUGAUCCAUUGAACCUUCCAGAAGGUGCAUCUUGAAAAUCACUUGAAUUUUAAACUUUUGUAAACCUCUAACAUUUGAACCGGCUUUACUUUGUGGCUACUUUUAAAAAUAGAUACAGUGUUUUCUUCAUUCAAAUUUUCAAGCCUCAUGUUCAACCAUUUUUUUCACAGCAUUUUUACAUGUGAGUUAAAAUUUUCUUUAAGAUGGUAUUGGCAGCAAUAUUUAAAUGAAAGGAAGCUUGAGGAGAGUGGAUGGAAAGGCUGCAGCAGUGCUUGAAAUUAAAAAUAAUGUGCAUAUACAUUAUAAAGUAAUGGCUGUAUACUCUUUUUUAAAAGAAAUUCCACUGUUAUAUUCUGUAUGAAGCACCUAGAGGAAUAGUAGCAGUUUUGUUUCAUGUGCCAAUAUUUUAAUCUGUUUCAUAAGCAAAAUGUGGUAGCUUAUUUUAAAGUUUUUCACACUGGUCAGUUAUCACAGUCAGCAGAUCAGGCUGUUCUGAAGCUGACGAAGAAAGGGGAUCAAGAAUUUAUGUAUACUUCGUAUGUUCACUGUGGAUGCAUAUUUUCAUUCUCUCUGUUUCCUACUAUCAUUGUAUCGAUUUAGCUGUGUGUGGAGAACCGAGCCUGUAAUACAGAGUCUGCCUGAGGGUCGGAACCUCAGUUAA